AUGCGUAUCCAUGCUUUAUCGAUUAGUAUAAGUGCUUCACGCCGUAACGGAGUAAAUUCAAAAAAAGAAUCGCGUCCGAAAAAAAAUGAAGUUCACGAAGAGUUGAUGGACAAUUUAUUCGUAAUCUAUGACCCGUCCUUUUUGGCCCUCGUGUGGCCUAAAAUAAAGAACGGUGUACACCUGAGUUUAGAUAGAUAUUGUUGGGGUGAACUGAGGGUGCUUUUUAAAGAUUACUUGGACGGGCGAGCUUGGGCCUAUAAGACUGCUGAUGCCACAGGUCGAUAUUCAGCGUCAUUUUUUAGUGGGAACAAGUUCUGGCUAGGAUCUAAAGAACAAUGUCGUUUACUGAAUGAGGCUUACGAGACUCGAGACGAGAACGAGACGUGGGGAGAGUUCUACAGCGAUCAUCAGGAUUGGCACGCUCUAGUGGAACGUGACGAAUUGAUGAAACGGGUCGUGAAGGCAGACAAUUCUCCUCCAUUUACUUUGGAAUACAGCACUCUACGAGUCGAGUUAAAUUUAACUAAAUUCUCAAUGUCGUAUGAUGUUACACUGGGCGUGUGCCUCCCGCGAUCAUGUACAGCUGAAGACGUCGUAUCCAUUAUUAACUUUUCGAUAAUGCUCAACGAUCAUUUAAAAUCGAACAACUCACUUAGCAGAUCCGUCAAGUGCGCAAUCUCAAGACAAUUCGAGAGCCUGCCGCCUUGUCCGAGAGUGAAGUACAAUUCUUGUGCGAGUUUAACUACGGAGUAUAAGAAGAAAAAUGGUUACUUAAAGAGUUUACUGCUCAGCUUCUCCCUGAAACAUAGCUGGAUGAGAAUAUUCAAUACAAAUAUGGCGAAUAAGGAUUUGUCUGUGAUACAUGCCGUCAAAAUUAUCGCCACUUUGUGGGUAAUUUUUAUAAAUGUUGCGGUUACAGUUAGUUACAUUUCAGGUGAGUCCGGUGAUAUAAAUAAUAAUAAUACAAUGUACAAUAUAUUAACAACUGGAACUCUCGCUUUUGACACAUUAUUUUUCGUAAGCGGUAUAUUCAGCGCGCAUCAUUUUUUCUAUCUGAAAGGAAGAUACUCCGUAAAACAGCUGGUUGCAUGUGGCGGACCUUGCGGUCAAGCCUCACAGGUCAUUUGCUUCAUCACAAAUCGAAUAAUACGGUUACUACCGCCGUACAUUUAUACUAUCUUUCUAUCGACUGCGUUAGGGCGGGUAUCUGAGGAAAGUGCGACACUGUCUUUCCUUUACAGCGAUUCUCGCAAUUGCCAUAAAUUCUGGUGGAGAAACCUUCUCUAUAUCAGCAACUACUAUCCAAUUGAAGAACAGUGUAUGCAAAUAUCGUGGUACCUGUCGACUGAAGGCCAGCUUCACAUAAUUGGUGCAUUUGUAUGUUUCUUACUAACUACGCAGAAGAAGCGCUGGUUUGCAUUCACUGCCGUACUUCUGUUAUGCAUCCCCACUGGCUUCGAUGUAUUUACUGCCUUCAGCGAAGCUGGUCACAGGUUUUCAGACGUAUUUAUGGCGUACGAUGUAAUUAUUAUAAGCCCGUGGUCACACGUAACCCCUUACAUCCUUGGAGUACUGACUGGUUGGCUUGUCUAUAGGAUCGAUGGACUUUUGACUGUUACGAAGGUUUCUUCAUCCUGUUUGUGGGUAUCCUCAAUCCUGGGCGCACUAGGGUCGUGUGUGGCAUCAGGAGUAGGAGCUGGCUGGCUUACAGCCUGGCUUCAUCUUGUUUGGCCUGCUGCUUGGAUCUGGCCGGCUUUGGUGUGUUCUACCAAGUUUGCAUACAAGACCCGUGAGCUGUUAAACAGUUCGUUAGUGGCAGGUGUAAGCCGACUGUGUUAUUGUUCAUUGUUGCUUCACGGACCUGUAUCGCGAUAUCUAUUGCUCAGUCUUGAUGCUGCAAUCUGCUCAAACUGCAUUUGUCUUUGGUGUUACUUCGUUGGUAUCCUCGUAGUAACUUUAGUUGCAGCGCUGGUUAUCUCUAUUUUGGUGGAAAUGCCAACUUGCGCCUUCCUCAGAAGACUAGCGGACCUUGCUAACCGGUAAUAUAAAACUUUAAAAAAAGAGGUUUUCAUAGUUCAUCGUAAAGUUCAUGUUUUAUAUGUACGAAUAUUGUCGUAAGGCUAAGUCGAUAAACCUUCUCAAGCCUUCUUUCAG